AUGUCACAUCACGAUCAUGGAGAUCGUGAACACUCUGAGGCCCACUUUCCCGUGAUGCCGGCACGUUCGCUACGUGAACGCCAAGUCGCCGCCCAUCCACCGUCUGUUCCCUCCUUCGUCAGUCAUCAUGUUCCCCCACCAACGUCCUCAUUGCACGCUUAUGAUAUCAACCCGCUACCGGUAUGUUUGCACUGUGAACGCCAAGUACCUGAUGGCAACUAUACGAAGUUCUCACCCAUCUCACAAGUCACAUCCUCACACACGGUACACUCCAUUGAGGAGCGCCAACUCACUACAUCACCAAUCGCAAUCGAUGGGAAUUCGAUCGUCCGCUCCCAGGCAAGACUGGGAUCACUCAUCGAUUACAUAUCCCGUUAUGGUACAGACUAG